AUGUCGCCGUCCGGGAACGCGCACGUAAUGGCGGAAGUGCGCGAAAACCUCCGGCAGCUCGUCAACGGGGUGACGGAGAAGCGGCUCCAGCCGCUCGCCCUCUCUGAGGCAACCCCGCCUCAACCGACCUGCCCCAGUCGGAGGAAAAAGAAGAGGCGCAAGGGGAAAGGACCGGAGGAGACCCCGACCGUUUACCUGAGGGCUUGCUCUCUCCGUUUUGCCUCUCUCCCCGCUGCAUUUCGGGAGGAGCCCCUCCUGACACAGAAACCAGCGGGGAUCUCUACAGCUGCGCAGCUGCCGUCACCAGCAGCCUCCGUAUUCCAGGGUGGCCACCUGGACACACAAACUGAUCUCAAGCAAUACCUGCUAGAUUACAAGCCCACUAUUGAUUCAGUGCCUCAGGCUCGGAUUCUUCUAAUUGGUCAGCUUAAAGCUGGAAAAUCAAGCUUCUUCAACUCCAUCAACUCUAUCUUCCGUAGCAACAUUACAAGCCAAGCUAAAGUAGGAGAAAUGACAACCAGCCUAACUUUGAAGUAUCGCACUUACCAGGUGAAGGCGGGCCGAGGUGGACCGCCUCUGGCGUUCCUACUGUGUGACACCAUGGGCCUGGAAGCAAGGGAGGAUGGAGGGAUGAAUAUUGAAGAUAUUGACAGCAUCCUGAAGGGCUACAUAAAAGAAGGGUAUCCGGUAAGAGCUGUGUAUCUAACCAAGCCUCAAAAACAACUGCUAUAUGAAUUCAGGAAAUUAAAUCUCAUUAACUGAUUGGUUUUGGAAUAAAUAAUGUACUGUUGUUACAUAAG